UUCAAGCAGCAUCCCUGAGCUAAAGGUCGACAAUAAAAUUACUGCAAAAUGCCGUGUUUAAACACUGACGCUACAGGAAUUUAUUAAAUGGUCACAAAAAUAAUAGUAUUAACUACAAUGGUAAUUAUGGGUUAGUUAUUUUUUGUUCAAUAUGAUGUUGGGGAGAAAACAGAGCUUGAAAGGGGAGCCUGUUUUGGCAGAUUAUGGUCCAGAUGAGGCGUUCAAUGAAAGCGCUGAUAUAGAAUGGGUCAACAAGAGAUGGGUACGAAGACUUAUGCGCACCUGUGCUUUGUUGAGCUUAACUUCCGUAAGCUGCAACACUCCCAAGACAUUCGAAAGAAUACCUCCUAUGCAAGGAAUAACAUUCGUCGUGGAUAUUAUUGUUACUGUUUUAUUCACUUCUGAAAUGGUAGCCAAAAUGCACAUAAGAGGCAUUUUGAAGGGCGAAAAACCUUACCUAAAGGAUCACUGGUGUCAAUUUGAUGCCAGUAUGGUUUUCUUUUUAUGGAUUUCAGUAAUUUUACAAAUUUUUGAAAUUAUGGGGACAGUACCACGUUUCAGUUACUUAUCUAUAUUACGAGCUCCUCGACCUUUAAUUAUGAUACGAUUUCUGCGCGUUUUCUUAAAAUUCUCUAUGCCUAAAUCAAGGAUAAACCAAAUUUUUAAGCGCUCAAGUCAGCAGAUUUACAACGUAACUUUGUUUUUCCUAUUUUUUAUGUCCCUGUAUGGUCUUCUGGGAGUCCAGUUUUUUGGAGAACUCAAAAAUCAUUGCGUGCUUAACAACACCGAUUUAAAACACAUUACCAUCAACAGUCUUGCAAUUCCUGACACUUUCUGUUCUUUGGAUCCAACAUCAGGGUAUCAAUGCCCUAAAGGCAUGAAAUGUAUGAAAUUAGAAGGCCUAUCUCGAUACAUAAUCGGUUUUAACGGUUUUGAUGAAUUUGUUACAAGUUUUUUCACUGUGUACCAAGCGGCGUCACAAGAAGGUUGGGUCUUCAUCAUGUACAGAGCUAUAGAUUCUCUUCCGGGAUGGCGAGCUGUAUUCUAUUUCAGUACCAUGAUUUUUUUCCUGGCUUGGUUAGUAAAAAACGUUUUCAUUGCUGUCAUCACAGAAACAUUUAACGAAAUUAGAGUCCAGUUUCAACAAAUGUGGGGUGUUAGAGGGCAUAUUCAAAACAGUACUGCCUCUCAAAUUUUGAUUGGUGACGAUAGAGGAUGGAAACUUGUAACUCUCGACGAAAACAAACACGGGGGUCUUGCCCCUCAGUUUUGCCAUACAAUUUUACAAUCCCCCCAUUUCCGACUAAUCGUUAUGGGGGUGAUACUUGCAAAUGGAAUAGUCACAGCAACAAUGAGAUUUAAACAUGACGAAAGACCAAGAGAGGUUUUUUACGAAAAGUACUACUACAUGGAAGUCGGAUUUACAAUUCUUCUCGACUUGGAAACAAUAUUUAAAAUUUGGUGUCUCGGCUGGAGGAGCUACUGGAAACACUCUAUACACAAAUUUGAACUACUCCUAGUCGUAGGGACGACCAUUCACGUCAUUCCUGUGUUUUACAUGAGUGUUUUUACCUACUUUCAAGUUUUGAGAGUAGUGAGAUUGAUUAAAGCUUCACCUCUUUUGGAAGACUUUGUCUACAAGAUUUUUGGUCCGGGAAAAAAAUUGGGAAGCUUGAUUAUAUUCACCAUGUGUUUGCUGAUCAUUUCGUCAAGUAUCUCCAUGCAACUUUUCUGUUUUUUGGACUUUACCAAAUUUGAAACUUUUGCCGAAGCAUUCAUGUCCAUGUUCCAGAUUUUGACUCAAGAGGCUUGGGUCGAAGUUAUGGACGAGACAAUGUUAAGGACAAGGUCAAUGCUUGCACCACUUGUUGCAGUUUAUUUUAUUUUGUAUCACCUUUUCGUCACUCUGAUUGUGUUAAGUUUGUUCGUCGCAGUAAUUUUAGACAACUUGGAGUUAGAUGAAGACAUAAAGAAAUUAAAACAGUUAAAAUAUAGAGAACAAAGCGCUGAAAUUAAAGAAACGUUACCUUUUCGUUUGAGAAUUUUUGAAAAAUUUCCUGAUAGCCCUCUAAUGGUAACACUACAUAAAGUACCAUCAGAUUUUAAUUUACCCAAAGUGAGGGAAAGUUUCAUGAGACAAUUUGUCUACGAAACUGAAGAAGAUGAAAAUUCGGAAGGUGGCAUCAAGAAACUAAGCGAAGAGACUUAUGAUUCAAAAAUUAUAUAUAGGAAGCAAAAGCCACUCAAAGUUUUGAACAAUUUACCAAAAGUUCGAGUCGAAAAUAUUAAGCUUAAAAAAACCUCUGUCUCAUUCAUUAUCAAUGAUUCAAACAAUCAAAGAUUAAUGUUAGGUGAUUCUUCCAUGAUUCCAGUUCCGGGUACUAAAGGCCCUUUGAAGCCUCAAGGAACUGUUAACAGUAUGAAACAGUUACGUAUUGAUCUAAAGAAAUUUGGUUCAAGAUCAAUUCGGCGAAGUGUUCGCAGUGGUUCGAUCAAAUUAAAGCAAACCUAUGAACAUUUAAUGGAAAAUGGUGAUAUUGGUGUUAAUCGAGUUACUUCAAAUCGGGCAAGACCUCACGAUCUUGACAUUAAAUUGUUGCAAGCAAAGAGGCAACAAGCUGAAAUGAGGAGGAACCAACGAGAGGAAGAUUUGAGAGAAAAUCACCCGUUUUUUGAUACACCAUUAUUUGCAGUUCCGAGGGAAAGUAGGUUUAGGAAAUUCUGCCAGUUGAUUGUAUACGCCAGGUAUGACGCCCGCUUGAAGGAUCCCUUGACUGGGAAGGAGCGAAAAGUGAAAUAUAAAAGCCUUCACAAUUUUUUGGGUUUGGUAACUUACCUGGAUUGGGUAAUGAUAACAAUGACGACUCUUUCAUGUCUCUCGAUGAUGUUUGAAACUCCAUACUAUCGUGUAAUGGAAAAUGUUAGUUUACAAAUCGCUGAAUAUUGUUUUGUUAUUUUUAUGAGUAUCGAACUUGCGUUAAAAAUACUAGCAGAUGGUCUUUUCUUCACACCUAAAGCUUACGUCAAAGACGUAGCAGCAUUACUCGAUGUUUUCAUCUAUCUUGUGAGUCUUGUUUUUCUGUGUUGGAUGCCAAAACGAGUCCCUCCUAACUCUGGAGCCCAACUUUUGAUGAUUCUCCGUUGUUUGCGACCUUUACGAAUUUUUACUCUAGUACCACACAUGAGAAAAGUGGUGUAUGAGCUUUGUAGAGGCUUUAAAGAGAUUCUCUUAGUAUCAACUCUCUUGGUACUUUUGAUGUUUAUUUUCGCAAGUUACGGAGUCCAGCUUUACGGUGGUAAACUGGCACGGUGCAAUGAUCCAAGUAUUACGCAAAGAAAAGACUGUGUUGGAGUAUUUUUUCGCAGAGUUUUCGUAACAAAAAUGAAGCUAACACCCGGCGAAAACGAAACUUACCCUUCAAUACUAGUACCAAGAGUUUGGGCGAACCCUAGACGUUUUAAUUUUGAUAAUAUUGGAGACGCGAUGUUGACUCUGUUCGAAGUCUUGUCAUUUAAAGGAUGGCUUGACGUUAGAGAUGUUCUAAUUAAGGCUUUAGGACCUGCCCACGCUAUUUAUAUUCAUGUUUACAUAUUCUUGGGUUGCAUGAUUGGUUUGACACUUUUCGUGGGUGUGGUUAUUGCAAAUUAUUCGGAGAAUAAAGGAACAGCUUUACUCACUGUUGAUCAGAGAAGAUGGUGCGAUCUCAAAAAGAGAUUAAAAAUUGCACAGCCUUUGCAUCUGCCACCAAGACCAGAUGGGAAAAAGUUCAGAGCUUUUAUCUAUGAUAUAACCCAAAAUAUUAAAUUUAAACGGUAUAUAGCUAUGAUGGUUUUGAUCAACAGUGCUUUGUUGGCAGUCACGUGGAAUAAAGAAGACGAUCACACAGAUAUUCUUGCAACCGUCGGAAUGAUAUGUACUUUAUUAUUUUUAGUUGAAGUUGUUAUGAAAAAUAUAGCUUUUACCCCGAGAGGUUAUUUGCAAUCUAGAAGAAACAGAUAUGACCUUUUUGUAACAGUAACAGGAGUAAUUUGGAUGUUCUUCCACAUAAUGUUUAAAAACGACUUGACUUAUUUUGUUGGUUUUAUGGUAGUAAUAUUACGAUUUUUUACAAUAACUGGCAAACACGCAACUCUUAAAAUGUUGAUGCUUACAGUUGGUGUGUCAGUUUGCAAAAGUUUUUUUAUUAUAUUUGGGAUGUUUUUGCUUGUAUUUUUUUACGCCUUGGCAGGAACUAUUAUUUUUGGAACUGUGAAAUACGGAGAAGGAAUUGGGAGGAGAGCUAAUUUUGAAUCGCCUGUAACAGGAGUUGCAAUGUUAUUCCGAAUUGUUACUGGAGAAGACUGGAAUAAAAUAAUGCACGAUUGUAUGAUUCAGCCCCCGUAUUGUACCCCUGCAGAUAAUUAUUGGCAAACAGAUUGUGGCAAUUUUACUGGUUCUUUGAUUUAUUUUUGUACUUUCUAUGUAAUUAUUACCUACAUUGUGCUAAACUUGUUAGUGGCUAUUAUUAUGGAGAACUUUUCUUUAUUUUAUUCAAACGAAGAAGAUGCAUUACUAUCGUAUGCCGAUAUUAGGAAUUUUCAAAACACUUGGAAUAUUGUUGAUAUUCAUCAAAGAGGUGUCAUACCAGUACGAAGGGUUAAAUUUAUUUUACGGCUACUAAAAGGCAGAUUAGAAGUUGAUCCACAAAAAGAUAGACUUUUAUUCAAGCAUAUGUGUUACGAGUUGGAGCGAUUACACAAUGGAGAAGAUGUUACUUUCCACGAUGUUAUUAAUAUGCUUUCGUAUAGGUCAGUUGACAUCCGAAAAGCCCUUCAAUUAGAAGAAUUAUUAGCUAGAGAAGAAUUCGAAUACAUAAUAGAGGAAGAAGUUGCAAAACAAACCAUUAGGACAUGGCUUGAAGGAUGUCUCAAGAAAAUCAGAUCAACAAAUAAGCAACAAAACAGUUUAAUUGCUGGAUUACGAGCAACCAACGAAGUCAUCAAUAUGCCAGAAACGACCGAAGAAACCAAAAACGGGGCUCAAGACCAAGAAGCUGAAACCGAAGUCAAGGAAACGGAAACUAGAAAACAGAAACUUGUAACACUUCCGCGGUCCGACAGUAUUGGGAGUACUUCGGGACGGAAAUAUUUAGCACCGACUUUAUCCGAUCCUGCAGCACGGACUGAGAAAGAAAGGGUUUCCACCAAAAAGAAGAAUAAUCGACAAACUGUUGUAAGUAAAAAUCUUCCUCAUGUAAAUGAAACGAAUGAAGCUAAUAGAAUGCCGAGAGAAGUAUUUAAUAAUAAGACGACAGUGCCAAAAGCUUCAAAUGCGAUGCAUGAGAUUAGAGAUUGGUGGAAUGAGCAGUUAGCUUAUGCGUCUCAGUCUAGUGACGAAGAAUAAAUAAUUCUUGUAACUGUUUACAAACAUAUUAAAUGUUUUAGGAAGUAUUUAUUAUUUUAUUAAUAAAGAUAUGACAUGUAGUUGAAAUAAAAUCAUUUGUCUGUA